UUCUGUGAAGUAGUUUAAAAAAUAGAGUUCUAGUAUUAAUUUUGGAGUCUUUUGUUGAUGACUUGUAUGCGUGGAUAAGCAGCAUACUGUACUGCUGAAGAGUAACCGGCUUACAGUGGAGGAAACACAACUUAUUUGACCAGGAGGUUUCUGGCUUGGAUGAGAGCCAGGCAGCAGUAAGAGGCCGCACCCUCCAUCAGCGCAGUCAUGCCGCCCCCAGCAGACAUCGUGAAGGUGGCCAUCGAGUGGCCGGGGGCCUUUCCCAAACUCAUGGAGAUAGACCAGAAAAAGCCUCUCUCAGCCAUAAUUAAAGAAGUCUGUGAGGGGUGGAACUUGCCGAACCCUGAAACCUAUGCCCUACAGAACGCAGACUCCACCAAUUUCUACAUCACUGAAAAGAAUCGCAACAACAUCAAAAACGGCUCCAUCCUGCGGCUUACUACAUCUGCUGCCCAGAUGGCCCAGCAGCUCCACGAGCGUAUCCAGUCCUCCAGCAUGGACAUGAAGCUGGAUGCUCUAAAGGAUCUGGCCAACUCUUCACGAGACAUCACCUUCGCUCAGGAGUUCAUCAACCUCGACGGCAUCUCGCUGCUCACACAGAUGGUGGAGAGUGGCACAGAACGGUAUCAGAAACUACAGAAGAUAAUGAAGCCCUGCUUUGGUGACCUGCUUUCCUUUACACUGACCGCCUUCGUGGAGCUUAUGGAUCAUGGCAUCGUAUCUUGGGACACCUUCUCUGUGGCAUUCAUCAAAAAGAUCGCCAGUUAUGUCUGCAAGUCUGCCAUGGACACUGCUGUGCUCCAGAGGUCUCUGGCUAUCCUGGAAUCUAUGGUGCUCAACAGUCAAGAUCUCUACCAGAAGGUUGCUCAAGAAAUCACCAUUGGCCAGCUCAUUCCUCACCUACAAGGGACGGAUCAGGACAUUCAGACUUACACAAUUGCAGUUAUAAAUGCAUUGUUCCUCAAAGCCCCUGAGGAAAAGAGACAGUUUGAUGAGGAAAAUGUGAGCAUCCUUGAUUGUCCUCUAACAGAGAUGGCUCACAUUCUAGCACAGAAGCAGCUGCGUUCAAUCAUUCUCAGUAAUGUAAUCAGGAGUAACAAACCCAUAAAUGAUGAGAUGGCCCACCAGCUUUAUGUGCUGCAGGUCUUGACCUUUAAUCUCUUGGAGGACCGCAUGAUGACUAAAAUGGACCCGCAAGACCAGGCUCAGAGGGAUAUAAUCUUUGAGCUGCGCAGGAUCGCUUUCGAUGUCGAGUGCGAUUCCAACAACAGUGGCAGCAUUGAGAAGCGCAAAUCUAUGUACACCCGAGACUACAAAAAACUGGGCUUUAUUAAUCAUGUGAACCCUGCGGUGGACUUCACUCAGAUUCCUCCUGGGAUGUUGGCUCUGGAUAACAUGCUCUACUUUGCCAGGCACCAUCAGGAUGCAUAUAUCAGGAUUGUUCUGGAGAACAGCAGUCGAGAGGACAAGCAUGAGUGUCCAUUCGGUCGCAGUAGUAUUGAACUGACAAAGAUGCUGUGUGAGAUUCUCAAAGUGGGAGAACUUCCCAGCGAGAACUGCCAUGACUUCCACCCCAUGUUUUUCACUCACGACCGCUCAUUUGAGGAGUUCUUUUGCAUCUGUAUUCAGCUACUCAACAAAACCUGGAAAGAGAUGAGAGCCACAUCUGAGGACUUCAAUAAGGUGAUGCAGGUGGUGAAGGAACAGAUCACUCGUGCUCUCACCAUCAAGCCUAACUCUCUAGACCAGUUUAAGAGUCGUCUGCAAAAUCUGAGCUACACUGAAAUCCUCAAAUUGCGCCAGUCCGAGAGGAUGAACCAGGAGGACUUCCAAUCCCGGCCCAUCCUGGAGCUUAGGGAGAAAAUCCAGCCAGAGAUCAUGGAGCUGAUUAAACAGCAACGCCUCAAUCGUCUGUGUGAGGGCACCUGCUUCCGGAAGAUCAGCAGCCGAAGGAGACAGGAUAAAUUUUGGUACUGUCGAUUGUCACCUAAUCAUAAAGUCCUGCACUAUGGGGACCUGGAGGAGAGCCCUCAGGGAGAAGUACCCCAUGAUUCCCUUCAGGACAAACUUCCAGUUGCUGAUAUCAAAGCUGUUGUCACUGGUAAAGACUGUCCGCACAUGAAGGAAAAGGGAGCUCUGAAGCAGAACAAGGAGAUUCUGGAGCUGGCCUUCUCUGUCCUCUACGAGUCUGACGAGUAUCUAAACUUCAUUGCCCCUGACAAGCAUGAGUACUGCGUGUGGACAGAUGGGCUAAAUGCACUGCUGGGGAAGGAGAUGACCAGUGAGUUCACUCGCUCAGACAUGGACACCCUCCUCAACAUGGAGAUGAAGCUCCGCCUCCUCGACCUGGAGAACAUUCAGAUUCCUGAAGUUCCACCCCCCAUCCCCAAAGAGCCCAGCAAUUAUGACUUUGUUUAUGACUGCAACUAAUCCCCUUUCACUGGACUGACUGAUAUUUCUUAAAACACAUACUGGAAAAAAGACAAACUUUUUUUUUUUAAAAAAGGACAACUUUCCUGCUUAAACUUGGCUCUCUUGUGCACCUCAUCUCAAUGGAUUUGCUAAACUUAAUGGAUUUAACUUGCAAGGCCUCUGAACCAUCUGGUCUGGUUGAAGAACCAUGACACACAAACUGGUCCUCAGGUCCUAAACCACUCUCAUUUUGUCACAGUCAUCUCCAAACGUCUCUUUAAAUUGUUAUAUUCCUCAAACAGACCACCUGCUCUGGCAUAAAGAUUGCUUCAUGUCAAAAAAUGUCUCAUUGUAUAAUUUCAGGCUGUUUGGAGCGGGAUGCUCUUUGUUGAGUCUGCAGAAAGUCCAACCUUGCACAUGGUGAGCUACCUUCUGAGUUUAGUUCCAGUUCUACUUACACCUGCCUGUACUUUUCAAGUUAACUCCAAGACCUUUAUUGGCUGGUUCAGGUUUGAUUAAAGAUGAAUCUAAGCUCUUCAGGAAACUAGAUCUUCAGGAGCAGGCUUGGUUACCGCUGUUAUUGGCAAUUGGGGCAUGUAGCGCUCAUUGUAAUAUGUUUCUCACUCCAACAAGCGGCAGCUAACAUCAAAGCGGGGUUGGUAGUGCAAGCAAAGUCAAAGUUAGUUCCAAGUAUCUCAUUCAAGCCUUGUAUACUGUAGACUGUUAAAUAGGUAGCUUCAUGCAAGAGGUUACCUCUUUUGUCUUAAACCAUACCUGCUUUGUGCAUACAUUGUUGUCAUUGUCUGACUAUAACGCAGGCGUGUAGAUAAAGCUUCACUCAGCAUUAACAGAUUCAUGGCAGACUGCUGUAACAUUCCAAAGCAAUAUUGAGCUUCUGUUUUGUAAGCUGGUAUAACUUUUGUGAUAUUCAUGACUGCUGCCAAGCAGUCAGUAUUAUACAUUUUUGUGUAAUAAGGAAUUUUUAUUUUUCAGGGCCGUCAAAUUCAUUUGAGCAUUCAUGUUUAAUUUAAUUUAAGAUUGUGGUUAUUAUAAUUGUUAUGAUUUACUUUCCUCCCUUCAGAUGUUUGUUAUAGGUUUAGGAGAGCGACAUCCUGCUGUUUACAUUAAAGAUUGAUUCCAAUUCAG